AUGAUCGCUAUCGGCCUCGAAGGCUCUGCCAACAAAAUAGGCGUGGGCAUUAUGCUCCAUCCCAAAAAUGGCGGCCCCGCUCAAGUGCUCGCAAAUGUCAGGCAUACUUACAACGCACCACCAGGAGAGGGGUUUUUACCAAAAGAUACUGCGCAACACCAUCGCGCAUGGGUUGUGAAGCUGGUCAAGCAAGCUCUUAUAGAAGCAAAGAUAUCUGUGGCCGAUGUGGACUGUAUCUGCUACACCAAGGGCCCUGGUAUGGGAGCCCCGCUUCAGAGCACAGCUGUCGCAGCACGCAUGUUGAGUCUUCUAUGGGGGAAGGACUUGAUUGGUGUGAAUCAUUGUGUUGGACAUAUUGAAAUGGGACGACAAGUUACAGGGGCCACAAACCCAGUGGUCUUAUAUGUGUCCGGGGGCAAUACACAGGUCAUAGCAUAUAGCUCCAAACGAUAUCGUAUAUUUGGAGAGACCCUUGACAUAGCUGUUGGAAAUUGUUUGGACCGAUUUGCGCGCACACUAUAUAUACCAAACGACCCAGCACCUGGCUAUAAUAUUGAGCAACUUGCCAAGAAGGGAAAACGAUUGGUCGAAAUGCCGUAUACUGUCAAGGGCAUGGACUGCUCCUUUUCGGGAAUAUUGGCAAGCAUUGACGGUCUGGCAACAUCGUUGGGCCUCAAUGGACAAGCUGCUGCUGCCUUGGAUGAGUACGAUCAAGCAGACUCGAACGGCGAUACAGAUGCUAGCGACAAGAUCACCCGCGCGGAUUUAUGCUUCUCAUUACAAGAAACGAUAUAUGCCAUGCUGGUUGAAAUUACCGAAAGAGCGAUGGCACAUGUUGGUGCUAAGGAUGUUCUUAUAGUCGGUGGUGUUGGAAGCAACGAAAGACUGCAGGAGAUGAUGUCUCUGAUGGCACAGGACCGAGGCGGCUACUUGUACGCCACGGAUGAGCGCUAUUGCAUUGACAACGGUAUCAUGAUCGCUCAGGCCGGUUUGAUGGCGCACAGCUGCGGCUUCAAAACGCCCAUUGAGGAGUCUACCUGUACACAAAGAUUCCGAACCGACGAUGUUUACGUCGAUUGGCGAGACUGA